CAGAAACUGAUCCAGCAUGGGAACUUUGAGAAGACUUGUUUCUCUCAUAUUACUGUCGUUGCUUAUAAACGCAAGUGCUAACGAAGAGUUCUGUGACGGCCGCUGCGGUGCUUCACUAGACCGUGCCCGCUCCUGUCAGUGUAACAGUGCCUGUCUGAGAUACGGUGACUGCUGCGAAGACUAUGUGGACUGCUGCCUGGAUGGGAAUUGCAGUCCUCAAACUGGGACCGACCCCCCGCCGGUUUCUGGCCCUGUCCCAAUCACAGAUGACGAGCUGUCACAACUUGCCGAGGAACUGUAUGACGUAGACACCAACAAAGCUACUGCAAGUGACGUCAUUGUGGACGAAGACGGAGCACGGUUGUUCAACUAUGUGAACGAGGCGUCGCUACUGCAGAGCCCAUCUUACUCGCUGUUCCUUUCCCUUCUUGACAACUAUAACCCGUAUACUGGUCAGUCAGAGACUCUUAGCGGUGACGAGCUGGCCGAGAUUGGGCAGUAUCUGGAUUAUAUUUUGACCACGCCCGUUAUGGUGACACUGAAAACUUUCCUGAAGCAAAAAGGAUACACUAGUUCCGAUUCUGCGUUCCGCGGUCUUCUCGAUGACCUGUGGUUCCAGCUGUACCCGCGGUCAUCCUCCGGCCCCGUGGACAGUAGCGGCUUCGAGCACGUGAUGGUCGGGGAGUUAAAGCCCUCGUCGGUCACCGGGUUUCACAACUGGUUUCAGUUUUAUCAGCUGGAGAAAACGGGCAGCUUAACGUACAGUGGAUUCCGUUCGUCACCCCAAGUUCUCAAUGUCCGUCUGAUGUGGUCCGGGAAGAGCAAGCCCCAGGCCAGCUUCUUUCUAGGGACCUCUCCUGAGUACGACAUGGCUGUAUACACUGUGUGCGCGCUGGCCAGGACUAACAGCCGCUGUCCUAUCAUACUAGCCGGGAAGUCAGUACCCAUCCAAACCUAUGACGUUGGACACAAAUCAGGCCUCCAGAUUGCCACCUCCUACCCUGCUAUAUAA